ACAACAGCCAUGAGCCUUAGGCGAACCUUUCCCUUGCUGCGCUCCGCCCUCUCCCGCCGAGCCCCAAUGUCUACAGCGCCGGCGACCCGCGAGCAGCACGCCGCGGGCCUGGAAGCCGUGCGGGGGCGCGGGGCGGCCGAGGCCGCGCGGCCGCCAGUGCCCGCCGUGGACUUCGGCAACACGCAGGAGGCGUACCGGAGCCGGCGCAGCUGGGAGCUGGCGCGCAGCCUACUAGUGCUGCGCCUUUGCGCCUCGCCCGCGCUGCUGGCGCGCCACGAGCAGUUGCUCCGUCUUGCCAGGAGACUUCUGGGGCAAAGGUUGUUUGACAGAUUGAUGAAGAUGACCUUCUACGGGCAGUUUGUGGCUGGUGAGGACCAGGAGUCCAUCCGGCCCCUGAUCCAGCACAACAGGGCCUUCGGCGUGGGCUCUAUCCUGGACUACGGUGUGGAGGAGGACCUGACCCCCGAGGAGGCUGAACGCAAGGAGAUGGAGUCCUGUACCUCAGCAUCGGAGAGGGACGGCCAUGGCACCAGUAAGAGGGAGAAGCAGUUCCAGGCCCACCGGGCAUUCGGAGACCGCAGGGAUGGCGUCGUCAGCGCCCGCACCUACUUCUACGCCAGCGAGGCCAAGUGUGACAGCCACAUGGAGACAUUCCUGCGCUGCAUCGAGGCUUCAGGUGGCGCCAGCGAGGAUGGCUUCUCAGCCAUUAAGCUCACCGCACUGGGGAGACCCCAGUUUCUGCUGCAGUUCUCUGAUGUGCUGACCAAGUGGAGACGGUUCUUCCACCAAAUGGCCGCAGAGCAGGGCAAGGCCGGGCUGGCUGCCAUGGACACGAAGCUGGAGGUGGCUGCACUGCAGGAAAGCGUGGUGAAGAUGGGCAUCGCGUCCCGGAUGGAGAUUGAGAACUGGUUCACUGUGGAGACCCUUGGCGUGUCCGGCACCCUGGACCUGCUGGACUGGGGCAGCCUCAUUGACAGCAAGACCGAGCUCUCCAAGCACCUGGUGGUCCCCAACAUGCAGACAGGACAGCUGGAGCCUCUGCUGUCGCGGUUCACUGAGGAGGAGGAACGGCAGAUGACGAGGAUGCUGCAGAGGAUGGACGUCCUGGCCAAGAAAGCCAGUGAGGUGGGCGUGCGGCUGAUGGUGGACGCCGAGCAGACCUACUUCCAGCCGGCCAUCAGCCGCCUGACGCUGGAGAUGCAGCGCAGGUUCAACGUGGAGAGGCCACUCAUCUUCAACACGUACCAGUGCUACCUCAAGGACGCCUACGACAAUGUCACCCUGGAUGUGGAGCUGGCUCGCCGAGAGGGCUGGUGCUUCGGGGCCAAGCUGGUGCGUGGCGCAUACAUGGCCCAGGAACGUGCCCGCGCCCUGGAGAUUGGGUAUGAGGACCCUAUCAACCCCACGUACGAAGCCACCAACGCCAUGUACCACAGGUGCCUUAGCUACGUCCUGGAGGAGCUGAAGCACAACGCCAGGGCUGCAGUGAUGGUGGCCUCGCACAAUGAAGACACCGUGCGCUUCACGCUGUGCAGGAUGGAGGAGCUGGGCCUGCACCCCGCCGAUUGCCAGGUGUACUUUGGACAGCUUCUGGGCAUGUGUGACCAGAUAAGCUUCCCGCUAGGCCAGGCAGGCUUCCCCGUGUACAAGUACGUGCCUUACGGCCCUGUGAUGGAGGUGCUGCCCUACCUGUCCCGCCGAGCCCUGGAGAACAGCGGAGUCAUGAAGGGCGCCCAGAGGGAGCAGCAGCUGCUGUGGCAGGAGCUCAAGCGGAGGCUCCGCACGGGUAGCCUCUUCCACCGCCCGGCCUAGUGCUGUGGCUGCCUCCCAACGCAUCCUCACCUGGGCUGCGACCACCCAGGGCUACAGCCCGACCCCAACCUCACACACACCUUUUACAUCCCAAACUGUGAGACCCCGCUGGCCCCUGCCCGUGGGCACCCAGGUGUGGGCUAUGUCCGUUACCUGCCAGAGCUGCUGGGAACUCAGAAACCGCCCUCCAGUGAGCGAGCAUGGCUGCAUCUCUGCCCACCCCCACGACCUUGGGCCUGAAGAACCACCUUCUGCAGGGUCCAACCCAUGGGCCCCGAGCCCCACAGGUGGGCAGUGGCUGGCUGGGGAAGCUGGCCUGUCAAUAAACCACUAUUUCUGCA